GGGGGGGGGCGCGGAGCGGCGGCGCGGGGGAAGGGCGAGGCCGCGAGGUGCGGCCGCGAGGCGGGGUGUGACGGCCGCGUCCCCGCGCUGCGUCACUGUGCGGCCGCCGGGGGAAGGGGCGAUUCGGAAUUGGGAGCCGUGCCGCCGCUUGAGCACGCGGAGCUCCGCUGCCCGAGGAGCGAGGGUUUUUUUUUUUUUUUUUUCCGCCCGUCCUUUUUGUCUGAUACGGAAUCCCGGUAGCUAGGCAGCCUCCCUCUGUUCUUCCCUUCCUGCCUCCUGCCCCUUCAGCAUGUAGCGGGGAGACGGCGAUAGAAAGGCCGAGAUACGCGCUGGCGGCCUUUCAGAUACGCUGCUGUUGGGAGGAGGAAGGUAAAUCCUGGCGGGCAGCGCACGGAGUGCUUGGUGGCGUUGCGCUGCGUUGAGAAAAUGGGGCUGACUGGCUCCAGCUGAGCCCAUCCGCUUCUGGGAGCUGCUGCGGUGAAGGGCUUCAACGGUUCUAGCAUCAGGGAGCCACGCCGAUGUCGGCCUGUCUUAUCUAAAAUGGAGAACGAAGUCUUCACCCCCGUUUUGAAGAAGUUCACGGGCAGCCCUCUCGUCACAUGGGUUCGGACGUUCGGACCCUUAGCUGAAGAGAAUGGGACCAGCCUGGAGGAAUACAUGACGCUGGUGGACGGCGUGUUUCUCAACGAAGUCAUGCUGCAGAUUAAUCCGAAGUCUACGAAUCGGAAUGUAAUAAAAAGAGUCAACAAUGAUGCAUCCCUAAGGAUUCAGAAUUUGUCUAUUUUGGUGAAGCAAAUAAAAAAUUACUAUCAGGAGUGUUUGCAGCAGCUGAUCAUGAUGGCUUUGCCAAAUGUGUUAAUAAUCGGCAGAAAUCCUUUUUCUGAGCCAGGUACUAAGGAAAUAAAAAAAAUCCUCCUGCUUCUACUUGGUUGUGCAGUUCAGUGUCAGAAAAAGGAAGAAUUCAUUGAAAGAAUUCAGCAUCUGGAUUUUGACACAAGAGCAGCUGUCGCAGCCCAUAUUCAAGAGGUAACCCAUAAUCAGGAAAACGUGUUGGAUCUGCAGUGGAUGGAUGUCGUCGUAUUGACACAAGACUGUGUUGAACCUCUCCUGAAAAAUAUGACAUUACAUUUGAAAAGACUUAUAGACGAAAGAGAUGAGCACUUGGAGACUAUCGUAGAACUCUCAGAAGAACGGGACUCUCUCCGUUUGCUACCUCAGGCAUCUGCAGCACAAUCACCUUGUGGAUCUCCUGGCAUGAAACGCACUGAAAGCAAACAGCACCUGUCAGUAGAGCUAGCAGAUGCCAAAGCAAAGAUAAGAAGGCUUAGGCAGGAGAUUGAGGAAAAGACUGAGGAGUACCUUGACUGUAAACAAGAACUUGAACAGGUGGAAACUGAACUAAAGAGGCUUCAGCAAGAGAAUAUGAAUUUACUCUCAGACGCCCGUUGUGCCAGAGUUUAUAGAGAUGAAUUAGAUGUUCUUCGUGAGAAGGCAAUUCGAGUUGACAAGCUUGAAAGUGAAGUCACCCGGUACAAAGAGAGGCUGCGUGACUUUGAGUUCUACAGAGCUAGAGUGGAGGAGUUAAAGGAAGACAACCAACUGAUGCUAGAAACAAAGACAAUGCUGGAAGAUCAAUUAAAGGGGAUGCGGUGCCGUUCUGAUAAAUUACAUGAGUUAGAAAAAGAGAAUCUGCAAUUAAAAGCUAAACUACAUGAUAUGGAGACGGAGCGUGAUAUGGACAGAAGGAAGAUUGAGGAACUUAUGGAGGAAAACAUGGCUCUAGAAAUAGCUCAGAAACAAAGCAUGGAUGAAUCGUUGCAUCUUGGCUGGGAACUUGAACAGAUAAACAGGACUACUGAACGUUCUGAAGUGCCACAGAAAUCACUUGGUCUUGAAGUAAAUGAGCUGACAUCAAGCAGAUUACUGAAGUUGGAGAAGGAAAACCAAAGUUUGCUGAAAACAGUGGAAGAAUUACAAAGUACAGUGGAUUCUGUAGAAGGCAAUAGUUUAAGGAUUAUGAAAAUGGAAAAAGAAAACCAAAGACUUAACGAAAAGAUUGAAGGGCUAGAAAAUGAAAUUGUCCAAGAGAAACAGAGUCUUGAGAACAAACAAAAUCUGACUAAGGAUUUGAUGAAAGAAAAAGCAGAACUUGAAAAGACACUUGAGACGCUUCGAGAAAACUUAGAACGACAAAUUAAACUAUUAGAACAAGAAAAUGAACGCUCAAAUCAAACCAUAGCUUCUUUAAGACAACGCUCACAAAUCAGUGCCGAAGCGCGAAUGAAGGAAAUUGAAAAGGAAAAUAAAAUUCUGCAUGAGUCUUUUAAAGAAAACAGCAGUAAGUUAAAUAAGGUUGAAUUUGAAAUAAAACAAGUCAAGAAAGAAAUGGAGCACUAUAAAGAGAAAGCAGAGAGAGCAGAAGAACUGGAGAAUGAGCUGCAUCGUCUGGAAAAGGAAAAUGAAUUAUUACAGAAAAAGAAUACUAACUUAAAAAUCUCAUGUGAGAAGAUAGAGGCCUUAGAAAAGGAGAACUCAGACCUGGACAUAGAAAACAGAAAGCUGAAAAAAACCUUUGAUAGUCUCAAAAACCUCACGUUUCAACUAGAAUCCUUAGAGAAGGAAAACUCACAACUUGAUGAAGAAAAUUUAGAAUUAAGAAGAAGAAUUGAAUCUUUGAAGUGUACAAGCAUUAAAAUGGCACAGUUAGAACUAGAAAAUAAGGAGCUGGAGAGCGAAAAGGAGCAGCUUAAAAAAAGCCUUGAACUCAUGAAAGCGUCGUUUAAGAAAAGCGAGCGCUUGGAAGUCAGCUACCAAGGUCUAGACACAGAAAACCAAAGGCUACAGAAAGCCCUUGAAAACAGCAAUAAGAAAAUUCAGCAAUUAGAAAGUGAAUUACAAGAUUUAGAGUCCGAAAAUCAAACUCUGCAAAAAAACUUAGAAGAGCUGAAAAUUUCUAGUAAGCGCCUGGAGCAACUGGAGAAAGAGAAUAAGUUGUUAGAACAAGAGACUUCUCAACUGGAAAAAGAUAAGAAACAGCUAGAAAAAGAAAAUAAAAGACUUCGACAGCAAGCCGAAAUUAAAGACAGUACUUUAGAAGAAAACAAUGUAAAAAUUAACAAUCUAGAAAAGGAAAAUAAGUCUCUAUGUAAAGAAAUCACUGUUUAUAAGGAGUCAUGCAUACGCCUGAAAGAACUAGAAAUGGAAAAUAAAGAACUUGUGAAAAGAGCUAGCAUUGAUAAGAAAACCCUUGUCACUUUACGAGAGGACUUGGUGAGUGAAAAAUUGAAGACCCAACAAAUGAAUAACGAUCUAGAAAAGCUUUCCCAUGAGCUUGAAAAAAUAGGCUUGAACAAGGAGCGCCUCUUGUGUGAUGAGCAGAGCAGUGACGACAGGUACAAACUUUUGGAGUCAAAAUUGGAAUCCACUCUUAAGAAUUCUCUUGAAAUAAAAGAAGAAAAAAUUGCUGCUUUGGAGGCUCGUUUAGAAGAAUCAACUAAUUUAAACCAGCAGCUCCGCCAGGAACUUAAAACAGUGAAAAUGAACUAUGAAGCUCUCAAACAAAGGCAAGAAGAGGAAAGAAUGGUUCAGAAUCCUCCUCCAAGAAGGGGAGAAGAAAAUCAGUCUGUCAAUAAGUGGGAGAAAGAAAACCAGGAAACUACUAGAGAAUUACUAAAAGUCAAAGAUAGAUUAAUUGAAGUGGAAAGGAAUAAUGCUACACUUCAAGCAGAGAAGCAAGCACUGAAAACACAAUUAAAGCAGCUUGAGACACAGAAUAACAAUCUGCAAGCUCAGAUUCUUGCACUUCAGAGACAGACUGUUUCUCUACAGGAGCAGAAUACAACUCUGCAGACUCAAAAUGCCAAACUUCAGGUUGAAAAUUCUACCCUUAAUUCUCAAAGUACGUCUUUAAUGAAUCAGAAUGCACAACUGUUGAUUCAGCAGUCUGCUACAGAAAAUGAAAAGGAAUGUGUGCUCAAGGAGCUUGAGGAUCUGAAGUCAUUGUACGAUUCGCUUCUCAAAGACCAUGAGAAACUGGAACACCUACACGAACGCCAAGCUUCUGAGUAUGAAUCGCUGAUUGCUAAACAUGGAAGCCUUAAAUCUGCACACAAAAAUCUGGAGGUGGAGCAUAAGGACUUAGAAGAUAGGUACAAUCAGUUGCUUAAACAGAAAGUGCAGUUGGAAGAAUUGGAGAAAGUGCUCAAAACAGAACAGGAGAAAAUGCUGCAGCAAAAUGAAAAACAUGAGGCUGUAGCAGCAGAGUAUAAGAAGCUUCGUGAUGAAAAUGAUAGGCUUGCUCAUACACACAAUCAACUCGUGAGAGAGAAUGAAGUUCUGCAAACUGAUCAUAAGAAUCUGAAGACAUUAUUGAACAAUUCCAAACUAGAACAAACACAAUUAGAAGCUGAGUUCUCUAAACUCAGAGAAGAGUACCAACUGCUGGAUAUUAAAUGUACAAAACUAAGUAAUCAGUGUGAGCUGCUUAGCCAGCUUAAAGGAAAUAUGGAAGAGGAAAACAGACAUCUACUAGAUCAAAUUCAGACAUUAAUGCUACAGAAUAGAACAUUACUUGAGCAGAACAUGGAAAGCAAGGAUCUCUUCCAUGUAGAGCAAAGGCAGUACAUUGACAAGCUAAAUGAACUAAGGCGACAGAAGGAGAAAUUGGAGGAGAAGAUAAUGGAUCAGUAUAAAUUUUAUGAGCCAUCUCCACCUAGAAGAAGGGGCAACUGGAUUACGCUGAAGAUGAGGAAACUGAUGAAAUCCAAGAAGGAUGGUAAUCGAGAACGUCAGAAGUCUGCAACCCUUACACCUACCCGUUCAGAAUCCAGUGAAGGAUUUCUUCAGCUGCCCCACCAGGACAGUCAGGAUAGUUCCUCCGUGGGCUCCAACUCUCUUGAAGAUGGCCAGAUCCUGGGAACCAAAAAGAGUAGUAUGGUUGCACUGAAAAGACUGCCCUUUUUGAGGAACAGACCGAAGGAAAAAGACAAAAUGAAGGCCUUCUAUCGUCGCUCCAUGUCCAUGAAUGACCUGGUGCAGUCCAUGGUCCUAGCAGGAGGACAAUGGACAGGUAGUUCUGAGCAUCUGGAGGGUCCUGAUGAUAUAUCUGCGGGUAAAAGGAGAAAAGAAUUGGGAGCUAUGGCCUUCUCUACUACAGCUAUCAACUUUGCAACUGUCAACUCUUCUACAGGCUUCAGAUCCAAGCAGUUGCUAAAUAAUAAAGAUGCUAUGUCGUUUGAAGACGUAAGUCCACAAGGUAUUAGUGAUGAUUCUAGCACAGGAUCAAGAGUUCACGGAGUACAGGACAUUAACUGUGCAGAUGCUCUUGCUCCUCCUGUUCGUGGCAUUUCAGCAAUGUGCAAGGUUCCCUGUCAGAUCUGUUCUUCCCGACCAGCCAGCCUUGAUAGUGGCAGAACAUCCACUAGUAAUAGCAAUAACAAUGCUUCACUCCAUGAAGUCAAAGCAGGUGUGGUUAACAAUCAAAGCAGACCGCAGAGUCACAGCAGCGGAGAAUUCAGUAUGCUGCAUGAACACGACGCUUGGUCAAGCAGCAGCAGCAGCCCUAUUCAGUAUUUGAAAGGUCAUACAAGGUCUAGUCCCGUGCUUCAGCAAAGAACACCUGAGACACUGGAUCGUUGUGGAAAACAGAUCAAAACCGAUUCUCCUGGAAGUGAAGUUGUUACCCUGCAGCAGUUCUUAGAAGAAAGCAACAAAAGUACCUCAAGCGAGAUGAAAUCUGGAAGUGAAGAGAAUCUUUUAGAUGAAGUAAUGAGAAGUUUAUCUGAGUCAUCUGAGCUGACAGGAAAGGAAAAGCUAAGAAAGGCAUCUGCUGGUUGUGGAAUCGUGAGGUCAUUGAGUGUAAAAAAUCCAGUUGAUUUCUCAGAUGGACGAUCCAUUAAACCAGAACAGCGUGUAAGGCCCAGCCUUCGUAAAACGGAAGAUGCCUAUUUUACUAGCUCUCCAAUAAAAUUUACAUCGGGCACUCAAGGGAAGGCCAAAUCAGUGAAAGAAAAGAUACAAACAUCCGUAUCACAGCGACAAUCAAGAGAUUGCAAUCCUUACGCUACCUUACCUCGUGCGAGCAGUGUGAUUUCUACAGCAGAAGGAACUACUCGAAGGACAAGCAUUCAUGAUUUUUUGUCUAAGGACAUUAGGCAACCUGUUUCUAGUGAUCCAGCAACAUCCACCGCUGACAGAAGCGUUCCAGCAACAUCUAAUGUGGAAGCUAUCCCAGAAAGCAGAAAUUCAAAAUGCAGGUCUAGGGAGCAACAAAGCUCCUAAAUCUAUGACCCACUACAUGAGAUGUGGGCCAAGUGAGAGAAAAGUGUCCUUCAGUGUCUCAAUAUGAAGCCUUUAUUUCUGAAGUAAACAAGACAGCAACUGUAGGAAUCAUUAAUAAAUAUUAAGGGAAUUUUUUACAUUCUUCGUGACUAGAGCAGGCAAGAAAUAAAAACCUACCUACCUUCCUUCCUUCCUUGAAUCAAGGAGCUCUACUGGAGUCUACUGCCGAAAACUUGUAGAUGGUCUUAGGAAUUAUUGCACAUUGCACUGUUAAGAUCUACUGAAUAAAGGACAGUUCUCAUCUCCCUAAGGACCAAGAAUUUUAAGGUCUCAAGAAUUACUCCAGGAAAAAAAAAAAAGCAACUUCUUUCAUCUUCUGUUUAUGAAAUUAGCCACUGAUUUGCUUAAGCUUCUGCUAAUACUUAGCCAAAAAAAAAAAAAAACAACCAUAACUUGCAGUUUAUAUUUACUUCUGUAAAUUUAAAAUAAAUGCUGUAGUAUUUUGUUGAAAGCAACUGUAUAUACAGAUACAAAAACCUCACAGCUUACUGGCACUUCCCUGCCUUAUUGGUUAGCAUAAUGUGCAUGAAAUGGCUCUUUAAAAAGUUUAUGCUGAGUUUUUUUUGUUGCAUACUGCAAGAAAAAUUUGUUUACAUCCAUGAAAACAUUUGAUAACUAACAAAAGUGGGAAAGUGGGACUCAUGGGAUAAUGGUAUUAUAUAGAACAUGUUUGUCACUUGUGUUUUUCACAUUCCCAAGUUAUUUGCGUACAUAUGUUCAGAUGUUUCUGACAGGAAGUUGUCAGGUAUGAUUUUCCUGUAACUUUUAUUUUAGUGUAAGGCUGUUUGCAACAAAUGGCAUUUCCAGGAUAAGACUGUCUUACCAUGUUUGUGUAUUGACUCAUUUCUUCUUCUUUUAUUGUUUGUCUUCUGACAUGAGUUGAUGGCGGCUUAGGUGGUUUCUUGAUGGCAAAAAAAAAAAAGAAAAAAAAAAGGGAAAUAACAUCAUAUGCAUUUUACAAUCAGUUCCCCUUAAGGUUAUCUUGUAUUAGUAAGGUACAUUUUGUUGGUUGUUGACUUACAUCGAAGUCAACGAGUGUAAUUGGUACGUUCAAUGGUUGUACACAUUUGUUGUCUCAGACUCAUUUGCAGUGAGCUCAAUGGAAGUGUGCCUGAACUUAUAAGCAGAUCUAACAUUACUGCAGUCCUUCUUUAUUUCACAACAGUAGGCACAUUCAUGUUUCUGUUCUCAAGGAUUAAAUCAGCUGUGUAACCUUCUCGCGUCUCAUCUUCCACUGCAGCUCUCUGUUCAUGUAAAGUAAGCAUGGCUUGGAUGUUCUAGAGCUGCAGAGUGCUUGUAAAUGCACCACACUGCUGCUCAGACUGCGUGAUACAGCCACUGCAACUCCUUUCACUUCAUAUUUGUUCUUGAGGCUUUCAGGUUUUGUCAUUUUUCAAGUCUCAGGUUUUCAGGGACAACUGGAACAGAAUCAUUUUCCACUGGAGAGAGAACGCAGUUCAACAGAUGUAAAAGCAUAUUGACAAGGCGUUUUUUAUUUUACUUAAAUUUGGUCGAAAAGGAAAAAAAAAAUAUGAAAGUUCAGUGAGCUUCAGAAUUGGAAAUUUUCUCCUGUUAUUUUCCUGAAAGUGAUUUCCUUCUGAAAUACUUCUUUAUUAUGGAAUAUGUUACAAGAUCUAGAUCAGAGUAUUUUGUUUUGGCAAUAUAAAUACCUUGUUCAGCCUGAGAUUUUUUCCACAGAGAACUUAAACUUUUUUUUUUCCCCUUCAGUGAAACUAGGACAAACUUUGCAGCUCUACGCCUUAGAGCAGUUUGAUUUUUCCUCUAAUGACAUUUCUGGUAUUUCAUUAAAUUCACUAGUUACAUUUCAGCAUGAACUCAUACAAGCAUCUCAUGCUGGUCCCCUUAUUCUCGGUGUCAAGAUUUUCAUUGCUUUCAGUGGAAGCGUCCUGAGUUUUGCAGAGUAUUGCCAUAGUUCAGUGAUCCCAGGAGCGACCUGAAGCCCAGAGCGUUCCUGGCAUCCAUUUCCACAACAUUUUUAUAGGCAAUCUGAGGUCAGUUGCAUGUGGAAUAACUUCCCAUGCUGUAACUGAUAGCACAGCUUUUUUGGGAAGGAUUCGGGGUGCUCCAGGCUGUGGUGAUGGCUUCCAGAUGUCACAGAGGGCAGCUGGGAGGUGUGCCGGGCUGUACUGCAGGUACUGCUGUGUCCCUGUGUGCAGGCAGAGCUCAGGUAUUACCGAGGUUCUUCCUCAAUACAAAGUGAGCCAGACAGAGCCCUGGUGUGCUCUCAGAGAACAUUACUGUUAAGCAAUAAAAAUGUGAUGGCAGGCCUCCUUUCUCUGCCAUGCCUGUACUGCAACAGAGGCGUAGCCAUAGGGACCGAAGGAAAACUUGCCUUACAGUUUCAUAGGCAUUUGGUCACAUCAGUAGCCCUUACUAAAAUCAUAGCUGUUAGGAAAGAUAAUUGAAAUAAGUAAAUACUAGGAAACUAAUCCUAAAUUUUGUUACUUUCAAGUUCAUUUCAGGGCCUGAGUGUUGGCGGGUUCUCCUAGUAUCUCUCCUUGACAACAGAGGACUGAUGCACUUGGGACUUUUAAACCCUAACCAAUCCGUAGUGUCAGUAUUUCUAGAUGAACUCACGUGUCUUGAAUUAACCCACAGUGCCAAACAUGGUUUGUACUCGCAGUAUCUGUGCAGCCGUAUGUGCGUCAGCACGCCGUGUACUUGACAACCUGGGAAUAUUGCCUGGCUGAUGUGCAGCACGCUGCCUUCUGCCCUCACUACGUGUGGCUGUGGCAUUCCCUCAUGGGGACUCCCCUGACUUUUCAUUUAUUGGCUCUUUUCUGUAUUCAUUAAGUUGUCCAGAAUUCUCCAUCACAGCCGGGCUGUUUAGUCACAAAUGCUACUGGUCAACUGAUAACGUGCAUUGAAAGUGAAAGCCCUUCAUCCAAAAAUCCGUGUGAAUUUCUGUUGGUUGAGAGCAUCAGCAGGAAGGUGGGGAUGUGGCAGCAGGGUUUGUCCCACUCGCACAGGUCAGGUUUGUGUGCUCGAGUCCUGGCUGGUGUGCCCUGCACUGUUCUUAGCGGGGUUUGAGCCGCAGGGUCAGCAUCAGAACAGAGGCCAGGGGGAUUAUGGUCUGUAUUCAACAAGUUACACCAAAGCAGCACCAGGGGAACAUUUUCACUGAGGAGAUCAGACCCUAAUACUCCCAGCACAUUCUUUUGCGAAGAUAUUUCAGAGCAGAAGAGCAGUCGGGAAGUUCUCAGUGCUCUGAUACUACAGAUACGCCUUUCCUUUCUGAACUGGUGUAACACCUCCGUAAGGCACCUCCUCUUCCCAUCCAACUAAAAACCAAAUUAUCGAUGUCAUUUGGGAGCCACCUCACCUUGUCUGAAACACAACCUCCCAGGGAACGGCACAGCAGCUGUGUGACAGCCUCCAAGAAGAGCACAUCACUGCUUGCGGCGAGAGUGGAGUUGCCAAAUGUGUCGCUGUUAGUGAAAGUUUACAGACUUUGUUUUCAUACCGUACAAUGUAUAAUUUUAUUUGCUUUGCUGGUAGUCUGCUGAGUAUUUAGUAACAUUCCCAACACGUGUUAUGUUGAAACUUUGUCCAAGUCAUGGUGCAGCCUCAACAAAGGAGCUCAUGGAUGAUUCUUAGAGGUAGAUGAUAAUUAUAUGUAAAUAAUGCUUUGAUAUUAAUAAAACUGCCUUAAAGGAAUGUACCUAGGUGUGAAACAAAACUUAAAAAGCUCUUAUUUAAAACUGUAAUUUCCUUUACAUAUUGAUUUUUUUUUUAAUGUUUGCCAUUGUAUACAUUUAUUAAUGAUGUUAUUAAAAUACCAAACCAAAUAAUUUUUAUCCUUAUUUUGUGUAUAUCCAUUUAUACACACGUUUUCUGGAAACUGAUGUUACUGGAAGGCUGUUGGUGUUAAGUGGUGGUUGUGCUCGGUCGGUGAUGUGUUCAGUAUUUCUUCUGAAAGGAAACCUAUAAAACUGUAGCAGAAAGAUCCUGGGCGCUGCGUAGUUUGUUCCGUGCUGUUUAUUUGUAAAGACUCAUGUAGCUUUUAACUAUACCUUAUUUUAAUACUAUUUUUAAAAGAUGCUAAUUUCAUAGUAAAUACGUUAAGAAUUCAGUGCAGAUUUGCCCAGUGCAGUAUUUGAAGCUUUGAUUUUGCUUGGUGGUUCUUUUUGCUGAAACAAGUCUCAGUCUCUUCUGACAGUGAAGGCAGUUUAAUUUUUCAGAUCUGUGAAGUGUAGGAAUCUGCUUUUGUGCACAUCUCUUCAACUUCUUGUCUUCCACAUUUCAAGCUUUCUGGUUUAAAACACUUGACAAACUCGUUUUUUUCCUUUUUCUCCCUGUUUUGGAAGUGAUAAUCCAGGAGUACCAUGAAGAAUAAAGGGAAGGGAGAGUGACAGAGAACAAAAUAAAUUUCACUUUGAAGGGUGCAUAGGACUGUAUCAUGAUAUCCACCUGCAUUAGCAGCACAUUAGUCAACCCAGAGUUCCUGAGGCAGUUCAUUGAUAACUCACUUU